UCAAGUCGUUCCGUUGAGUGUGAAGUUUCUACAAUGCUGCUUUUGGGGCAAGCUGGCUAGCUAGCAGUGUUGGUUACGUUACGUUGCGUUAGGAGAACGACAAUAGCUGGCUAGCUAACCUAGAAAAUCGCUCUAGACUACACAAUUAUCUUUGAAACAAAGACGGCUAUGUAGCUAGCUAUGUAGCUAGCUACGAUCAAACAAAUCACACCGUUGGGACUGUAAUGAAAUGAAAUGAAAAUAUGAUACUACAUGUGGAGCGAAGCGGAAUGCGACCGGAAUGCGAAAGUUCUAUUCAGUAGACGUUGGCUAGCUAUUGGCUAGCUAGGAGUGUCUCCUACGUUAAGGACGACAAAAUAGCUGGCUAGCUAACCUCGGUAAAUUAAGAUAAUCACUCUAAGACUACACACUCUAACUACACAAUUAUCUUGGAUACGAAGACAGCAAAGACAACUAUGUAGCUAGCUAACACUACACUAAUCAAGUCGUUCAGUUGAGUGUGAUAGUUACUACAGUGCUACGGUAGACGGUGAACGUGUUGGGCAGAUAGGAGACGACGAAAUACGAUAAUUACGCAAUUAUCUUUGAUACAACGACGACUAUGUAGCUAGCUAAGAAGAAAUUGCUAAGAUUAGACAAAUCAGACCGUUGUACUAUAAUGAAAUGUAAUGAAAUGUAAUGAAAAAGUUAUACAACCUGCAGACCGAAGCGCGGAUGCGACCGGUCUGCAGGAUGCAGUAGAUGGUAUCUAGUACAGUAUAUGCAUAUGAGAUGAGUAAUGUAGGGUAUGUAAACAUUAUAUUAAGUGGCAUUGUUUAAAGUGGCUAGUGAUUUUUUUUUUAUACAUCUUUAAGGUUAUGCAACUAAAGAUGCUAAAAUUAGUGCUGUGAUUAAAUUAGCCUAUAAGACAUGUGACCAACAUAGCGAACCAGAGAGGCCAACAUUUCAUUUGCAAUGAAUAAAACAAUUUAGCAUCAUUUUACGUGCUUUCGGGAGGGACAAUCCGUUCGCCUAACCUUUCUGCCCAUCGAAUUCAUAUUCAACAGAAUCGUCUCUUCAUUAUCACACACAGUGAGUAGGCCUAGAUUUGAAUGCUUCUGUAACCGAUGUGAAAUGGCUAGCUAGUUAGCGGGGUGCGCGCUAAUAGCGUUUCAAUCGGUGACGUCACUCUCUCUGAGCGGUUGAGGUAGUUGUUCCCCUUGCUCUGCAAAGCCGCAGCUUUUGUGAAGCUAUGGGUGACGAUGCUUCGUGGGAGGCAGUUGUUGAUGUGCGCAGAGGGUCCCUGGUUCGAUAUAUAAACAUCUAUAUAUAUGUGUAUGUAGGCCUAUAUAAUGGUGUGAAAUAGACAGUAUAUGUUAUAUAGGAUGAAAUAGACAAUAUUUACAGUAAGUUAUAUAGGAUGAGCCUUGAAUCAAAUUAAGUAUGUAUAUGCAUAUGAAGUGGGUAAAACAGGAGGCCUAUGUAAACAUGUAUUUUUUUUAUUUAUAAAUUGAACUUUUAUUUAACUAGGCAAGUCAGUUAAGAACAAAUUAUUAUUUACAAUGACAGUCUACACCGGCCAAACCCGGACGACGUUUACAUUGUGCUCCGCUCUAUGGGACUCCCAAUCACCGCCGGUUGUGUUCAAGCCUGGAUUCAAACCAGGGUGUUUGUAGUGAUGCCUAUAGCACUGAGAAGCAGUGCCUUAGACCGCUGCGCCACUUGGGACCCCUAGUGAGUCUUUCGCUGAGCAAACAUAGCCUACAGUCGUUUUCAUCUAGUAUACCAAUGCUUCGUAAUAUGAUAGCUGCCUAUCCUAAAGUUUCAAAAGCUGCAAUUCGCUCUCUCCGUUUGCCGGGUCUUCCUCUGGACAUGAUGCACGGCAGUAUGGCAUCGAGCGGCUAUUUGAAAGCGGUGAUGCUGCUCUUAGCCGUGCAGCUGCUGUCUUUAAGGCCAGGUUUUGGCGAGCAGGAGACAGGGACGGCAAUACCUGCCGAAAGACGUCCCUGUGUGGACUGCCAUGGAUUUGAAUUCAUGCAGAGGGCACUGCAAGACCUCAAGAAGACUGGUUUCAAGCUCGAUGCCCAGACUGAGACCCUGGUGUUGAGGGAAAAGAGGUGAGCCCUGUGUGGAUGCACGCCCACUAAUACCCCGCACUGAGUUAAGUAGUGAUGUGCCCUCCCCAUGGCAACCGACUCCACACCCACUAUUACUGGACACCUUCUUUAAACUACUACAAACACUGCCUGGACUAGACAGAUGUCUCUGAGCCUUCUUCUAUGGAAUAUUGUAAAACACAAAAAAGUUAAAUCAUUUGUACAACAUGCACUUUAUUUUCUUUGCUAACAUAUCAGAUAUUAUAUUGCAGUGGUUUAAUUGUACUUUGAAUAUAAGAUUUUAUUUGAUGAGUUCAGAAAACCAGCAAUGCGUUACUAUGUCAUGUAGGGCAAAGCAAACUACACCUCAUGUCCCUCUUGGUCAUAUGUGAGGUUUCGAAACACAAAUCUAGAUAAUUUUAGGUAGUUCUGUAAGUACAUUCAAUGAACAGAUAUCUUUAUAAAAUGUGGCAAAAUAUCAGUGAUCUUCAAGAUAAUUCACAUAUAUACCUAGCAGCGGUCUUGAAUUCAAAAGAGCUGGUAAUUCAUAAUAACACCCGUAUCAUUUUAAGAAAGUUCCUUGGAAAGUGUUUUUAUAAUCAUGGGAACACCAGGCUUCAGAAUAAGUGUUCUUUUUAGUUCUCUGUGGUACCAUACAUCCUUGCUGCAUGAAUAUAAGGUAUAGACCUACACUCCCAUCAGUUAUAACAAAUGUCAUUUGAUCACACUUUUAUUGCUGAGAAUUUUCCUGCAUUGUGAUUUGCAUCCAUUCACUGAAAACCGAC